AUGAUACGGCUGGGCAUGGGACUGGAGCUACUGAUGGUUGACAAGAAAAAAGCAAGUUUGUUCCACAUUUCACUUGUGGGGCUGGCGAUGGGUAUGCGUAACUUUGAGCGGGUCCAGCGUGGACAGCACCGUAUGAUGGCCUGGCAGCAUAUGAUGAGGCAGAGUAUGAUGAAGCAGCGGGUGCAGAGUAUGAUGAAGAAGCAGGUGCAGAGUAUGAUGAACCUGAACCGUAUGAUGAUCCCAAGUUGUAAUUGUAUUCUUGAGCUGACGCAAAGGUCAUUAGGGUAA